AUGUCACUCGAGCGCACAUUCGAUCCCCUCCAUCGCGUCUUGGCCGUUACUUCCAAGCGCCCUCGCCAGACAAUCGAAAAUGCUGAUGACAAGGAUAUGAAUAGUACGCUACGCAACAACGGGGCCGUUGCUGUCAUGGUGUACCACAGCGAAAGCCCAGACUCACAAGCAAAUGACAUCUGGCCUCAAUGCCGCAGCCCAACAAAACUGCCUGCUAGGUACUAUCUCUUAGACCAUAGAGUACAGUAUGCAUCCGGUCCAAAGCCACAGACUUCCAACAACAGUGGAGUUGAAGGAACAGUCUCCAGAAAUAAACAAGAAGCAGGCGUCCCUCUUGCAGACGCCCCGAUUAGCCGCUCACAGUGGAAGCUGCCUGUUGAACUGGUAGAGUUGAUCGCUUCAUUUCUCAAUCGUGAUGACAUCAAAGCACUACGGCUCGUCAGUCGCGAGCUGAAUCACUACGUCUCUCAAGUUAUAUUCAAAACAGUUGUUGUCCCUUUCAACACUGAAAUCUACGGUAUGCUAGGGAAAGAAGUAAGACCCGAUUUCAAAGGGAAGAAGCGGGCAAAAUUUGAAACAACCAGGUAUUCUUGGAAGAACGCCAACGGCGAUGAAGUGUACGACGGCCACGGCCUUGACGUAUUUCGUGGAUUCGGUAAACACAUUCGAAGAUACGGAAUGAGUUUCGAAGUCAACGAAGACUCACUUUCAGCGCCGCCUACCAAAUCGCUAACUGAGAACAAAACAAGCUUCUGGGGUAGAUAUGAGUGGCCGUAUGAGGAAUACCGUCGAUUUGAUGCAGUCGCUGGCCUCGAAACAGCCGCUGACGAAACACCACGGAUGAAAACCGCAUUCUCUGAGCUCACCGAGGUGAAAGAGCUUGCACUCUCAAUCGACAGUGGCCUUGGUUGGCUCAACGGGCCUGACAAGUCUAUACGGGCGCGCAUUUUCCACAGACCUUCCAAUGUUUUUGGAACGAACAAAGCUGUCCCGGACCGUAGGGCCCAAGCUCAACAGGAGCUUUGGAGACACAUUGAUUCAUGCUAUCAGGAAGUCGGCAGUGAUAUCAGACACGCAACUCUCUACAGAAUGGAAGGCCAACGUCCUCUGUCUGAACUAAAAGAUGCCGGCCUGUUGGCCGGCGUACAACCGGAAAUGCCUUACUUAGAUCCUCAGCUGAUACAUGAGGCAACUCCGCACGAUAUCCUUGACAUCCCUAUGCCUACUUCCUUUGAUGACCCAUACGUCUUGGAACGUUUCGUAUCCACGCCCUCUUCAUUAGGUACUGGUAUUUUGUUCGCAUCAUCUGCCUCGCCACCUGAUGCUGGACAAGUCGUGAAUCCGAUCAUACCUGCCAACCUCACCACGGCUCAGCAAGAGUGGUUGUUGGAAACGGAAUGGGCCCAGCGAGCUUUCAUAUCUUCAUACAUGCUCUCUAUCAUCGAUAACCCUUCUACAUUUCAACAAGUACACACUCUGAAUAUCGCAGGACUUUCUGAUCGCUACUUGCCAAUGCUGAACCGUUCGGAUUUCUGGGAUGCACUACCCAGUCUUUGCGACGUCACUCUUAUGGUAAUACCGGGAUGGCGAACAGUUCACAAGGAUGAAGCCGGCUUCGUUACUACUUCAGCAGUCAAUCCUGUUCUAGGGGCCAAUAUGCUAUUUGCCAUACUUCGCGAUUAUAUCGCUCGCCGCUCAAACAUUCGAAAACUGACCGUCGGCUGGACGGCUGGCGGUGAGCAUGCUGAGGGGCUCUAUGCAAGGAACAAACUUCUAUGUCCUGCUCCUAUCAUGGACUUGCGGGUUCCUUCGGAUCGUCCUGCAUCUGUCAAUCCCGCAGCGCUUGUUGAGGCCGAUGCAGCUCUUUUGCGGGCAUUACUCCUUGAGUUGCCCCACAUCGAGAAGUUGAAGCUAAAGAACUGCUGGAUCACUCCUUCCAGCCUACUGCAGUUUGUCAAAGUCCAUGAUGCAUAUCGCUUGAAGGAAUUGGUACUUGAUUCCGUUUCGCUUACAGCGAUGCUACGUCCCAAUGCUCCUAACGCCAAUGGAAAUUUUGUACCCCAUCAAGCAGUCGUUGUCCAGAAUGCCCCUGCUCAAGCGGCAAUGCCCGCAAUCCCCCACUUCCUACCUGCCCAUCAACAGAUUCUGCAAGUUUACGUCCAUGCUCAGCAGUUACAACUUCAGCAGCUCCAUGCAAAUGCAGCUGCGCUACAGCAAAACCACAUUGUCGCUCUGCAAGUUCAGUUGCAACAGCAACUCCAGCAGAUGCAGAUGCAGAACCUAGUUCUGCAACACCAAGGACAGGGACCGAAUCAAGCCCUAGUGCCAGCUCCACUACAAACACCACUGCAACCCCAACAGCAUCAGCCAAUCCAUCCUAAUGCGAUUCUCACAAACAUCACUCAUAUCGCUGCCCAAGUAAACCAACUACAUCAUCAGAUUACGACUGGUCAGCACCAUCCCUUAGGACAACAACAUAUGCAUGCUCCGAUACCAGCGACCAAUCUCGCCGCCACAGAUUAUCAGUCUCCACUCAAAGCAAGGCCGCGCGAAGGAUCAUGGAUGGAUAUCAUCGACCAGAUCUCGCCUGGAACUAAUCUUUCUGAUUUUGAAUCCAACUAUUCCAAGGCUGACCGCAACCGCCAAACUUCUCUUCGAGAGGUUGAGUUCAUAUCGUGCGGUUAUGCCAAACUCACUCACGCUCCAUUUGACCAGACAGCUAUCGACCUCGGUCAGGGUGCUGUCGCCGCUUCGCGUCACCCAUGGUUCACCCGGCGCAUGGCCGCCCUUUCUCCUGCAAUGAUGAGCACCAAGUGGACCUAUCUUGCCGACAUCAUACAAGAAGUCGAUUCAUCAGAAUUAACUGUCCUCGAGGAUGGCUGGAACUUGCAAACUGGUUGGGAGGAUGACGAGGAAGCGCGCGCUGUUGAGUUUGAUGGUCUUUUUCCUGGUGGUACGGGGCGCUUCACAGGCACUAUACGCCAUUCGGACAGGAUGGUCGAUGAUGAUUCUGGGGUGUAG